CAAUUUUGCAAAAAUCCCAACUUUUUUUCACUUUGUUGGAGAGCACUCAAGAUACCGUUUAUAUAAAAGAUAUUUAUAAGAUCCAAGCUUGUUGGAUAUGGAUGAGUUAAGGAUUUGUUUAGAACUUAGGAGGGGUUAAGAUCAUUUCCAAUGUCCAAUAGCUUACUCUAUUUUUUAUUUUAAAAUAGAGUAAUUAUAUAAUAGAAUUUGAGUUUGCUACAGUGAUACUCUAAAAUAGAUUAGAAAAUAAAGUGAUGGACAAAAAAAAUAAAUUUAUUCAUAUUUGGAAUAAACCUAUUUUUACUUUAUUAUACAGUGAAAAAUAAAGUAUUAUUGAAGUAUUUUUACUCUAAACUCUAGAGUGGAAAGUAGAGUGGAGUUGGAGAUGCCCUAAGAACACCAUUAACCCUAACACCCCAUUUGGAGUGCUUAAUAUUUUUUUUUCUCUGAUUUAAAAAAAAUUAAAAAUGAACCAAUCUCGGACCGCCACGUGUCAGUGGGUUCUUUGAAACAGGGCUAACACCAAUGCUUAAUUAAUUUUUGUGUGGGUCCCACCUAUUAUUAUAUUAAUUUUUUCUAAUGGUGUUGAUUUUAUAAACCAUUGACAACAUACAUUCACAAGUAAACAUAUAGACACAUAAUUUGAAGUAACAAAGCAGCAUAAAGCUAUAUCUGAUUUGUCAGAAUGUUUAAAGGAGUCCAUGUUGAAUCCUUUGAAAUUUGAUUUCCGUUCCUAUAAAAAAAAAGAAAAAGUUUUCCCUCACUUUCUCAUCACCUUGGGAUUUCAUUUCAGUCUCUUUCAUUUCAGACCCUUCACUUUCUCCCAACUUCUUCUCCUCCCAUUAUUAAUUGUGUUUCCAUAAUUAAACAAAAAUAGAGAGAGAGAGAGAGAUGAGGUGUCGACGUCACGGAUAUAAAAAGGGUACGAGAAACCGUCACCCUUCUUCUUCUCUCUCGCUCUUUGAUCUUUCCCUCUUGUCUCCUUCAAAUCCGUUCUUCCUCGAGAUCAUUUUCCUUCUCUAUUACAAACUUUUGUUUCAUUUUCAAUUGCUUCCCUCUCCCCUCUCUCUCUAUUCUCACAUCAGAAUGAACGGGAAGGCCUCUGUUUCCAAGGAGCUCAACGCCAAGCAUUCCAAGAUAUUGGAAGCACUUUUAAAGCAUCCAGACAAUCGAGAAUGUGCUGAUUGUAGAUCAAAGGCACCAAGAUGGGCAAGUGUGAACCUUGGGAUAUUCAUAUGUAUGCAAUGUUCUGGAAUUCAUCGCAGCCUUGGUGUCCACAUCUCUCAGGUUUCCUCGUUACUUUUUUUUUUUUUUAAAUUCUUUGUGUUUGAAACAUGCAUCAGACACGUUACUGAUGUUGAUGGUUUUUUUUUUCGGAAACAGGUGAGGUCUAUAACUCUGGAUACAUGGCUACCUGAUCAGGUUGCUUUCAUGCAAUCUACCGGUAAUGCUAAGGCAAAUCAGUAUUGGGAAUCAGAACUGCCUCCUCAUUUCGAGAGAAGUUCAAGCGACGCGUUUAUCAGAGCAAAAUACAACGAUAAGAAAUGGGCUUCACCGGGAGGUAAACAACCGGCUCCUGUAGUUAACCAGCUAAGCUGCAAAGUUAGUCACUCGGUAGAGAGAGGACAUAAGCCUGAGACUCCAACGAAAACAAGAACUCGUUCCCUUGAUGAAGAUAUCCUUCUUAAGCACGUUCUUGAAGUUACACCACCAGAAACAAGAAUCCGUGCGGGCUCGGUAGAUAUGAAGAUGAAGGAGAAUGUAUAUGUUCUACCUCUACCAGUGGGGAUAAAUGUCAAUAAGCCAAAUCAAAAGAAUGAGAUUUUCUCUGGAGAUUUGUAUCAGAAUAGAAGAACCACCAUUGCACCACCCUCGAGCUGGGCUACUUUCGACUGAAGAAGAAGAAGAAGGAGAAGAUGGAGCUUUUAAUCAUCAUGUGGGCUUUUAGUUAUGGUCAACAGGUUGGCAAAGAUGGGGUUAUGAUGAACUCAAAAGUCAACAAUGGAGUUUUGUUCUGUUUUUCUAUGUUUCUUUUAUCUUUCAAUAUAUAUUUUUCUAUAUUCAAUCUUGGUUGCUUGUAACUAAAUCAUUAAAGUACAAUGGGAGAGAAAGAUCUUGGACCAAAAGAAAAAGCAAUAAAAGUCACCAGUGUGUAUUAUUUUGAAUUGUUGUACAAGCAAUAUCAAUUGAUUGGUCCA